AUGGUGUUCAACGGCGUAUUAAUUGGCUGUCUUAUACAAAACGCAGUAAUAUUGCAGUACAGUACGGCUCUGAUAGUGAUCGAUCAUUUAUUCAAAGUUUUGAAUGAAAAUUUAUCAAAAAUGUUCAGUUUGAGUGCAAUCAACAUCAGCGUGAUCUUUGAAUCGAAAGUCAAGAAAAGCACCUUGUCACGCUUGAAAGCGUCAUACGUUUUGCUGAGUAAUUUAUGUCACGAGCUGUCGGAUUUCUUCUCAUUCCCCAUGAUUUUCUGCUUGUUGUCCGUAUUUGGAUCGCUGCUAGCUACAACGUACAACUUGACUGUGCCUCUUUUCAUGAAUAUCUUACACGUGAAUCAUUGGACCUUUUACCUCAGUAUUUUUUACUUUUUACAAUGUGUCUUUCCUUUACUAGUACUGAUGGCUUAUAUAUUCAUGCUGACGAAAGAGAGUAAGAGAACUAGUAAAAUAAUUGAUCGACAUCUGGCAGUUAUCCGCAAUCCAGUAAUCAAAAGAAUGCUGAAUCAAUUUUCUGUAUGCAUACUGCACACCGAUGUCAAAUUCACAAUUUUCGACUGGUUUUCUCUGAAUGGUUCUCUCUUGAUUUCGAUUGCAGGAUCAAUAACAACGUAUUUGGUCGUCGCUGUUCGAUAUCAAGCACAACCAACGCCGUCUUGUAUCCAAACAUCCAAGCUUGAAGCAAAAUGACUUGGAAUUAAGCAAAUGCACAUUUUUUAUGACGC